ACCCAGACUGUCGGCUCCUCUGUCCCUGCCCGGCCGCCUUUCGCUGUGACACCGGCGGAAUGAGUUCAGGGCUGCACCUGCGCGGGGAUGGAUGUGGACACGGGGUUUGAGCUGGAGGACCCGAGCCCCGGCUCCGAGGAGGAGGAGGAGGGGGACAAGGAGGAGCAGUGGCGGGGGCCACGGCCGCGGGAUCACCCCAAGUACACGGAGAUGAUGGCUUUAGACAUUGCAGAUAGUACACAAGUAUAUACAGCUUUUCUGGUGUUUCUUGAUCUUCUCGAAGCCAGGAACUGGAAGGAUGUGACCUACAAGGGUUCAGAAGAGCUUCAAUUGAUCUAUCUGCAGGGUUGCCCGGGUGAGCAGGAGGAAAUGGAAGUGGUGGUGCCAAUGCCAAUUCAUACGACAUUGAGUCAUGAAAGGAUUCGACAAAUUAUGGAGUGUAUCUGUGACCAAAGUAAAAAGGAAUUCACGCUGGCCAUUGUUGACUCAGAUUCUACAGUAGUGUAUUAUCAAUUUACAAAUGGCUUUGUUAUACCAGACCCACCGGACAGUGUUGAAGAGGUGGACAGCAGACAGAGCAGAAAGAGACCGAAGAAGUUUCGGAGAUGACUACCGUUCAUCUUCAAUGCUAAAACUGUUGUGGAUUUCUUUUUCCCUGUGGAGAAUAAUGAGUUAAAUAUCUGCAAGCCCAAAAACUCAAAUACAGUCAACUGAUACAAUAUAGUUAUGUCUUGUAUUUACGUGUGUCUCAUGUCUUGCUUGUUGCUUUCAUUAUGAUGAUAUCAUUCUGUAAUGGCCAUUACAGUCUUAAUUUUAGUUCCAUAUAUAAGUUGCAAGAGUAUGACAGGUCUGACAUACUAUAGUAGUGUUGACAUAUUUUAAAUAUAUGUUUGAAUUAAAUUUGAAAAAUCUAAAAAUUGCAUUUAUUUCUUUUUUUAUUGCUAUGCUUAUGUGUUGCCUUUUCUCUGCCCAGAGAAAUUCCAUACAUGCCUCCUUGAGCAAUGUUGGAAGAACUUUCUGCUUUUGCUCUCACUGAUGAGCUGAGUCUGACUUUCAAAGAGGCGAGAUGUUAUAUCAUAAAUCUGCAGCAUCCGAAGAAAAUAAAGCUGCUGAAAGGACAAUAAAUGCAGUUCUGACAAAGUUGAGUUUUCCUUUCUGAUGUGACGGCCUGUGCAUGGAUUUGUGCCUCAUCACAUCCACUAAACCAUCUGAUUAGGAAUGAUAAAUCAGUGUGGACGCAAUUUCAAUCUGUAUUGCCUUAAUUUAUCACAAGCUUAAGCAGAUUGAGUUAAGAACAAGUGGGUAGCAGUGCUCCGAAAGCUAGUGCUUCCACAUUAAAUCUGUUCGACUAUAA